UUGCCUCACUCAAAGUCGACUUCUAGGUGCCUUAUACUGGCCUGCUCGGGUUCUCCCACCUUCGUCUCUUUUGCGCAACCCCAACUAUCCGCAUCCCACUUUGCAUCGUCCUCGUACCGACCUCUCGUUUCCCCACCCUGACCCGACCACCCCCCGCCGCGCCAUGGCUUCCAUGGCCUCCCCGGCGACGCAAGAGCCGCUUGCAAGCCCAUCAACACCUCGCCCCUACAAUUUCAUGGCCUUACCGCACGAAGUUCAGAGGGAGAUCAUCAGCCAUUGCCCAAGGCGCGUUCUAAUCUGCGUCGCCUUGGUGUCGAAGCACUUCCGCGACCUUGCUGCCGCCCAGCUAUAUCGAGACUUCGAGAUCGUGUUCCCGGACGAGGAGGAUCCUCAGUUUGACACUCCCGUCGAUCCUCUUGCCGGCGGGUUCGACACCUUCGUCACGAGCGACUACAACUAUGCCCAGUGUCUGAGGAGUCUGACGUUUGACACCCUUUACAUGGGCGACAAGGCUGAGGGAGCCUAUCGCCCAUAUUCCGCCAACUUGAGCUGCGGCAAGUUUAUGAACACCCUUCUCCUCUUGACAUUGCGCAAGGCCCGGGCGCUAGAGUACUUUACGUGGAAUAUCCGAGUUGAGCUCAGCCGUCCGGUCUAUAAGGAGUUGCACCAAAUCGCGUCUUUGUCGCACGUCCACAUAAGGCUCCAAGCAGGGCCUUCGCAAUAUGAGACGCCUCCGCCUCUUCCCUUCAACCCGUCCCAGUCGACCUCCUCGCCGGGGCCAGCCCACACCGCACCCUUGGCUUCCCUCCCUCCCCCGGGGCCAGCUUUCCAGGGGCUAAUUCCCCCGCCUCCCCAAGGCUUCUAUGUGCCCGCUUCAACCAUGCUUCCGCCCCCCUUGCCCAAGCCUCCCCGUGCUAGGACUCCGAAGAAGGCGUCGGCGGGCAAGGAACCCCCAACCUUAUCUGGAUUUAGGGACCUCAAGAGCCUUUCUGUUCUCGACAUAGACACCCUCGACAUCGUAUCGGAACUCCAGGCGUGCCUGCGCAAUUCCGCCGGAACCCUCACGAAGCUUGAGCUAUCCUUCUCGGAGAAACUUGCUUCGUCGGCUCGGAAACCUACGGUCGAUCCCGAGCCUGAAGACUCGGAUCAGGAAGACGAACUGAUGCCUAUACCGGCACAGUCGCACGCGCAAAACGAAGAAAUGAGCGGACCAGCCAAGGCCUUCCGCGCACAGGAGGAGAGAAAGACACAGGACUCUAUCCUCGGCAGGAUCUUCGACGUUGAGUCCACACCAGCUGAAAAGCUUCAGGCGAUUGUUGUUGAUUCCGAUAAGAAGAAGAAGGGCAAAGUCAAGACCGAACAGGAGGUGGUUGACUUUAUCAAGUCAGUCGCACCAAAAGUUCUGGGGGAACUGAAUGGAACGAGCGAUUUCGUGGCUUCGCCGGAAACAAUUGACAUGUUCGGUGCCGCGGCUCGGAAAUACAUGGACGAGGCCAAGUCGCGGAGAGAAAAGCAGGACGAGAACCCGAGCGGAACCGGAUCCUCUUCGUCCGGCACCACCGAGACUCCCGAUAACAACACUGGCGAGACAUCGGCAGAAGAGGCUGCAGAAGCAAAUGCCCCAGCGGUGAGCCUUUUUGGCGAAUCGAAAGAGGACAAAAAAGACGCGGACCCCGACGAUAUCGAUAUUGAAGAGCCGGAAGAACAGCUCGUGAUGGACCAUGAAGAGCCCUCAGCUGCUGAUAUCCAAGCGGAUGAAGAAGCAACCACGCCAACGGAGGUCCCCCCGUCCACCGCAGCGGCCCUCGUCGAGACCAAGGUGGAGGAAUAUGCGAAGGUGAUGGCUACGUUAGAGUCACGAAAAGCCGACUACAAGGCUCUGGCUGAAGAACUUGAAAUGUUCGAGUCCCAGGCGAACACGCUGGGCAAGGAGAUUCGACGAUGGCGAUCCAAUAAGUCGUCCACCGACAUAAACCACCUUGGCGAGGCUGAGUCGCAAUUACUGGGGCUUACCCGGAGCGUGCGCGACAUGCAGAAGGAGAUCAGCGCGUGCCAGAUCGCGAUAGAAAGCGCCGAGGCGCUACCGCCUGGUGAGAAGGACUCGCGUAUCGAGCAAGCUCGCAACAUACGGGACUACAUUCGGCAGACGCGAGGCGUUGCCCUUGAAUCCCUUAGCAUCUACCUCAUCCCUGUCAGGGCGUCGGUCCUAUCUAAAGCGGUUGACCUGCGCGCCCUCCGCCACUUGACGUUGCUCAACGUCGGGAUCCAAGCACCCAUCUGGGCUCUGCUGGACAGGGAGAACAAGGAGGCGCCGCUGCCAUUGCGCAAGAUCUCCACCGACAACGUCUCACACAUCUUUCUGGCAUUCCUGUCGACGCUGGAGGAGCUGCACGAUCUCUUUUUGCUUGAGCGGGAUACCAAGGCCAAGCCCGAGAGCUUUGCACCUAGGACUCAAGCCUCCAUGGACCAGAUCCGGCGACUGGUCCUCAAGAAGCACAUGCCCAAGCUACGGCGCUUGAUGAUCAAGAAUAUGGCCGACACGACCUGGGACGUCGACGAGAAGACCGUUUUGCUGUUGUGCAGGCAAGGGAAGAACCUCGAGGAACUGGCCUGCAGCAUGAGCAUAAGAGCCAUGCACUGCCUCAUGCAACACUUGCCGGGUCUGACCACUCUCCGCGUCCUGCACGUCAUUCACCUACGCAACGACGACACGUGCAUGUGGGUGAUGCGAGAGACCAAGCGCUUCCUCAUCGACAUGGUCUCGCACUACCCGGAUCUGAAGCUUAAGCUGGUUUCGAUCGACGAGGAUGACCGGGUCGAUAAGCUUGUGCGCUUCCCAGAGCCGAAGAAGAAGACCACUACCGAAGAAGAGAAUGGAGGCGGGAAGAAGGAUGACAAGAAGGGCAAGGGGAAGCAGAAGGCUCUGACCUCGAUUCCGACCCUGAUAUCGUCGGUCUCGGUCAACGCCCUGUUGGAUUCGACGUCGGGCGUGGAGCUGGAUGUGCCCGCGCUGAUUGCCUCGGAGCUGGUGGGACUGGAGGAUGAGUCUUCGGACGAGGAAAGUGACGAGUCCGCGGGGCAGAAGAUCGCCGUCUUUGAGGGGAUUGCGUUCUGCGAGGUGUCGGAUGAGGCGGUCAUCUUCAGGAAGGAGGUUGUUACUGGCCGUCUGUGAGUACCACCAACUGGGAGGUAAUCUCUCCUGAUAUAAGGGGGGUGUUUUAUAUGGCGGGAUAAUAGCCCGUGGGAAGAAGGCGUAAAAAAGGACGACAACGAGACAAAGAAUGGCACGGGUGGGUGGGGUUGCGUCGAUAAUUUCUUUUUCUUUCUUUUUGGUCAUCUUGGUUGUCCGUUAGCGCGCUGUGUC